GACAGCAUCCGAGAUGUAAUGGAUCGAAGGAUUAAACUUGGAAUUAAAAGACUUGUGAAACAGGAAAUAAGGAAUGAUAAGACAGAUAAUAGAGUGUUGGCGUUUUCUCCAUGUCGAUUGUUUGUUUUAGCAGCUAAAGUGCCUUCAAAGCUAGAACAUACCUUUCACUAUUUAGAUAUUCAAGCAAUAGAAAGUAAAAAACCAAAUCAGUUACAAAUUACAGUAGAAGGAAAGACCUAUUCAUUUUUAUCACAAGAGGCUGAGACAGAUGAAAUUAAUCAUAUGAUUAUACAUAUUGGUGUUUCACUUAAAAAUAUCUUUCCUUCCUUCCCUCUAGAAAGAUUAAUUGUAAAGAUAGAUGUACAGCCAGUAGAACGUAUAAAGACAAUGUAUGAUAUGAUAAAGGAUAUAGAGAGUAAAGAACUGGGACCAUGUGGAGGGUUCACAAUGAUGUAUGCUUGUAUGUGUGAUUACCAUUCUCUACCAUACAGAGAAGAAGUAGCCUGGGAUGUUGACACUAUAUAUUUAUCUCAAGAUUCUCGUGAACUUUGUCUCCGUGAUUUCGAUCAUCUCAAUUCUAAAGAUCUAGUUCCUAUUAUUGCUGCAUUAGAACAUAAUUCUUGGUUUACUAAGUUUAAUGCUAAUAAUGUUAAAUUGUCAGCUGAAUGUUGUAAUGAAAUAUUAAAAGUGAUGAGACGGAAUGCUGUAAUAGAAAAUCUCAGUCUCAGUAAUACAGCUAUAACUAAAGAUUAUGUACAGAAAUUAUCAACAGCUAUAUUAUCUAACUCUGGUACUCAGUUAUCAAAAUUAGAUCUUUCUAACAAUUUACUAGAUGAUAGGGGACUUCACCAUCUAGUUGGUACUCUCAGUAAUCUGUCUAAAGGUUUAACAUCGUUAAAUUUAUCAAAAACUAAUAUAUCAACGAAAGGUAUUAACAAAAUAGCGGAGAUAAUGUCCCAGAGUUCCACGAUAUCGUCAACGUUACAGACGUUAAUAUUAGCUGAUAAUAGUAUUAAACCAGAUGAUUUAACAUUUUUAUACACGUUUUUAGCUCGACCUAAUUCUAUCAACUAUCUAGAUCUUUCUAACACAGACUGCUCUAUGGAUAUGUUAUGUGGAGCAUUAUUAAGAGGAUGUACCCAACAGUUAACACAUCUUAAAUUACCUGGGGUAGUGUUCACUCAUAAAAAAUCUAAAGAUCUGGUCAUACCUCAGACAUGGAAACAGUUUUUUAACAGUGUGGCUGUUUUAGAACAUAUAGAUUUAUCUAAUACCAAACUUCCACCUGAACCUCUCAAAGAGAUGUUGUUGGGUAUCAAUGCUAACAGACAUAUAAACAAUGUACAUCUAGAUCUAUCUAAUAACGAGCUCCAGUCUCAGGGCAGUCAGAAUAUAGCUGUUACUAUUAAUAAUAUUGAUAAUAUUACUAGCUUGGAUCUCUCCAACAAUGGAUUUGACCAAGAACUAAGCCAUCUACUUCCAGAAAUAGCUCAGAAUCGUUCUCUACGUCAUUUAGCCAUUGGUCGAAAUUUCUCAGGCAUCAAACAAAAAUAUCAGCUACGUAUAUUAGACCAUGUUGUACAGUUAAUACAAGAUGAUGAUUCGGCCUUACAGUCUCUAUCACUAGCUGAUUCUAAACUAAAAGCUGAUACAGCGUAUGUUGUUAACUCUCUAGGUAGUAAUAGUUCACUAAGAGAAAUAGAUUUAAGUGGGAAUCUAAUGGGUGAUAUUGGAGCUAGAAUGUUAGCUAAAGCCUUACAAAUUAAUACUCAUAUGCAAACCAUAUUAUGGGAUAGAAAUAAUACGACAGCUCAGGGAUUUGAAGAUAUAGCAGAUGCUUUAGAGAAAAAUUAUACGUUAAAGAAGAUGCCUUUCCCAGUAAAUGAUGCAGCAUUGGCCAUGAAAUCAGAACCAGCGAGAACAGAGACAGCCUUACAGAAGAUUGAAUCAUUGUUACAGAGAAAUCACAACCCACGUAAAUUCUCUAACGACCAGGCCUACAGACUACAACAAGGUUUUCUUAUUAGCUCUACCCAACAGAUGGUGGAUAGACUGGUUGUUCAAGUACAAGAUACUAUCAACGCCUUGAAUUUCGGCCCUAACGAAGCGUUUAAACCAGAUAUAGAAGAAGCUAAUCAGGUUGUUCAAGAUGCUGAUAAUUCUAAACAGUUGUUACCAAGGUUACAAGAAAUAGCGAUCAAGUCUCAAGGUUCUGGGAAUCCUGUAGAACAUUCUCUACAACAAAUAGCAGAUGAACUACGACAAGUCAUGGACAAACAAAUGAAGAAAAGUGUGGAGGACAUGUUGAAAUGUACAAGUUCCCACUGUUCAGCUGUCAUGUCAGAUAAAACAUUCCAAUGUGAGCUACAAGAGGGGUGUGAUUCGAAAAGUUCUAUAUCUAAAGAUUUCACCAAACAUAUGUUAGAUGGUGUAGGGAAUGAUGUUUAUAAUAAACUAAGUGAAUUAAACCUGGCAGUAGCAGCUCAUAUAUCAGACAGUGUUAUAGAUCAGGUUAUAGACGUACUAUCUAAAUCACAUCGUACUCUGGUAGGUUUUAUUUCA